AAGGCGGCGUCAGGCUGCACUUGCAUACGCGCCGUGGCGGAGGAGCGAAGAUGGCGGAGAAUAAUGUCGAACCAGAGCACGAAUGGAGCGACCGGGCCCUGGACACGGCCGAAGACACUCUGGUUGCAAUGGAAACGCUACUGGCCACACUGAGAGCUUUCGAGGACGUACUCAGGCAACAAGAAAUAUCAGUGGAGUCCUCCACGGAGUACUGCGACAACUUCUGCCAGGCACUGAUGCACUAUGCUGGGAGCAGGAACUCCAUGGAGCAUGGUCUGCCUCUUCUGGAGGUCUACUGCCUGUCCAUAACCUGCUUUGCUGCAGCUCGAUCUCACCUCACUGCAGAGUCCGACAGAGUGGCCCUUGUUUUGAAGAGACUAGCUUUGAGCUGUUUUGAACUGUUGCUGUCAGUGCCUGAAAAUGAAAUCCCUUAUGAAGCCUGGGUUCAAUUCCACCACUCUGUCAGGUAGAUGACCUUUUGAAAGACGGUUUGCUGAAGAACAAUAA